GUUAGUCGUUUUACAACACUUGAUCCAUACAUUAAUCAACAAACAUACCAGCAGACUUGGGCGAGGCGUGUUAUUUUUAUGUAUUUGUUGUUGUAUGUUUAUUUCGUGUUUUUUAUUUAGUAAAAUAAUAGUAAAAUAAAAUAAAUUCUCUGUUUUUAACAAUUAAAUCGUUUUAAUUCCCAAAAAAAUACAAUGAAUACAGUUAAGUUUUUUAGUUUGACGGUGCUGUUGAUGCUUUUGUUGGUGGGAACAGUUACUGCGAUUAAAUGCUGGGACUGUCGCUCAGACACUGACCCCAAGUGCGGCAAUCCGUUCGACAACAGUACGCUUUCGAUGACUGACUGCAGUCAUGAGACAUCGCCAUCACAUUUGCCCAAUGUCACAGCAACUAUGUGCCGCAAGAUACGGCAAAAAGUCCACGGCGAGUGGCGAUAUUUCCGUAGUUGCGCCUACCUGGGUGAACCAGGUAUUGAGCAUGAUGAACGCUUCUGCCUGAUGCGUACUGGCAGCUAUAACAUUUUCAUGGAGUACUGUACGUGCAACAGCAAAGACGGCUGCAACGGCGCGGGCUUGCUGCGCAGCAACGUCAUUGAAGUAGGUGUGGCUGCAGCGAUUGUUAGUGCCUUAGCAUGGCUGAUACGAUUUUAAAGCAGAACUUUUGCGAGUGCAGUUUUGCUAGUUUAAUACAUUCGGAUUUAUUCGGAUUAUACACAUAUUAUAUCUAUUAUUUAAAGUAAUGUGCUAAAUAAGCCUUGGCAUGGGUUUCCGUGGUCCGUGUAUUACUAAGAAAUGACUGCCAUACUUGAGAAAGUAUUUAAGUGCCUUCACUAAAACUAAAACUAAAAACUAAAAACUAAGCAGCACAAAACCGAAAAGAAAAUAUAAAAAUUUACUUUGUAAGCUGAAAAUUCAGAAAAAAAAACAUUUAAGAAUCUUCAAAUUGUGCCGUCCAAAUCGUGUACUUCAUUCCAAGAAACCAACACAGACUUCAAACUCGAAUAUUUCGUAUUUAAUUUUAUAAUUUAGUUAAAUUAAACUUAAAUUGUCAUUAAUGCCGUAAUUUAAGAUGAGGGUACGGUCAGAAAGUACCUGUCCGUUUUAUAUAUAUAUAUUUUUUUUACUAUUUGACGAAUUGCGCUCCAGCUCAAGCUCAAUGGGCAUUUGUAAUGUUAUUAACAAGGAAAAGUGACAAAUUCCUUAAUAAUUGCUCACUUGCGCUCCAGAAUAAUUAUAGAAAGUAAUGUAUUAUUUUAUGUAUUUAAGUGUAUAUCCGUCGCAAUUCCAAAACAUCGACAAAUCUUUGUUUAAAAAUUUAAGCCGAUAGUAGUUUCUUAACUCAGUUUACGAGAUUUUUCAGUAAAUUUUUUAUUCUACAACCAUUUUUAAUGUAAUAAAGCUGUAUGUGUCACUGAAUCA